GCAGAUGGAAGUUGAUGUCAGUCGACGGCCAAGGGCAGACGGGGUCACGUGCCGCACUUUAGCGAGGCCCGCACCGCACCACAAUUGUGUCAGUCUCACGAUCGGCUCGCCGCAAAGACGAUUCGACUCAACCACCCAACGCCAACCGACAACAACUCGUCUCGAGCGGCUGCGCAUCUCCAACAUUCAAGAUGCGUACCUACGACGAUAGCUUCAGCGGUGAGAAGAUCUACCCUGGAAAGGGUAAGCUGUACGUCCGUGGCGACAGCAAGAUCUUCCGCUUCCAGAAUGGAAAGUCCGAGUCCCUCUUCCUCCAGCGCAAGAACCCUCGCCGCAUUGCCUGGACCACCCUAUACCGUCGCCAGCACAAGAAGGGUAUCUCUGAAGUCAGUACAAUCCGAUCCUUUUAUGAUUUAUUUGUCGAUAUUAUGCGAGGAAUGGGAAACGUGCAGAGGAUAUGGAAUUGUUGUGGGAUUCGGGAAGGACCGCUUACGAUUGGAGAAAUUGGAGGAUGAUGCAAAGCAUUGUAUCGGACAAA